UUUCAGAGAAUUAACAAAAAUUAUUUUUAAAUUAUUCAAUGGGUCCAAAAAUGGCAGAUGAAGAAAUAUUAAAAUUUAACUUAAACAAAAAUGAAAGAAAUAUCGAGGAGGAGGAGGAAGUCAGGCCUAUUAUAGUUAAUUUUGAAGGGGGAGGAUGUGAAGAAGGAGGGAGUGAUGAUGAAGAAGAGGAUGAGGACGUUAACAGAGAUUAUAAAAAUAUAAGUAGUAAUAGCAGCAUUGAAGCUCCUUCUACUAAUGUAGUAGAUUGUUAUACUUCAGCUUUAAAUAAUUUAGUGAGGGAUAAUGAAGAGAAUAAUGAAGGGAAUAAUAGUAGACAUUAUUUUGGGAAUUAUACUCGUUAUUUGGUAAGGGUUUUUUUGAAAGAAUUAAAAGAGAAUUGGGGAGGAGAUCCUCUUCAAAGUCAGGCAUCAGUUACUCUAAUCACUUAUAGAACAAGUCCUAUUAAGAGGGAAAGGUAA